AUGGGAGCCAGUUUAUCAAAAACUGUGAACACAAAAUAUGAGGUGAGGCAUACCGUGGAAGGACAGUUAGUCAGCACCAACAUCAGCAAGAAAGGCAGCAUCAAAAAGAAAAACAAAAAUAGUGUGAAGAUCAAGGAUGGUCACAAGUCUAGGUCUGCCACAAGUCAGCUGACACCCGAAACAUUUUUAGGUGUCAGUGAAGAAAUCUGUGACACAGCGACACAGCCUCAACUGUCCAGCGGUGCCAUUUAUAGAAAGAAAUCAUCGUGUGUAUCCUGCGAGGCCAGGGACGUGUUACUGGGAACACACAGGUCACGCUCGGGGUCAGAAAAAUCGUUACGGUUCAGUGAUUUCAACAAAGUCCUACGCAAAACCAGAAUCUAUGACUGGGAAAUGCAGCCUCUUGAUAUUGCUUUGGAGGAUGUGGAAGAUGUAUCCUUGAACCAUUUACUAACCCAUGAAGAGGUCACCAACAUACUCAAAAUUUUGGCUGACUUAGAAAUUUCAAAGGAGAACAUCACAGAAACCAACUAUCUCAGGUUCUGCAGACACUGUCUUCAUGCAGAAAACCGAGUGGUCACUGCCAAGCUGGAGAAUCAGAUGAUCCAGCAGUUCAACUCUGUAGGUCAGGUCAAGGCUGGCCUCAUCUCCUUUACCCAGUUUCUGAACAUAGAGGCUGUCCGUUUGUUGGGUUUGCGAUCUAAGGAUUCUCUCGUCCACUUGUUAACAAAAGCAGAACUUGCUGCAGCCAAGAAGAUCUUCCAGAAUUCUGACAAAUCAAAGAUAGAAGAUGCCUGCAAGUCUGGAAUGAACCCCGCAUCACUU